AUGGGCAGAGGCAGCAAGAACCAGCAGCCAUGGGUCGAUGGAAAUGGAUAUCGAGUAUGGCCUGGUGCAUACUCGCCUCGGCAACCUCCGUGGCGUGGAGAGGGGCACAAGGGCCAUACCGCCAAGGCCGCCUUUCCGACUUAUGCCUCGGUGCCGAUUGCAAAGGCGAAGGCUGCAGCCCCAGCGGAGAGCUCUACGAGCACCGCUCUGGUGGCGGCCGGCUCCACGACGCCCACCCUCCAGGCGGCUCUCAACCAUACAAGGAAGGCCGAGUUGCGUGUUUGCAAGCUACGCGACACGCACAAGGCAGCGGGCGAACAGUGGGAUGCUUUCCAUGCCCAGAUGAAGGAGGCCUUCAAGACGGAGCGGCAGCGCUUUCUGAAGGAUCAAGCCCGCCUCCAGGAGGAGCUUGCUGCUGCCGAGGCCGCGCAGGAGGCGGCACGCACUGCCCUCCGGAGGGCCUGGACUGGCGAAGGAGCAGGUGCCGGCGCCCCCGGGCCUCCUGCCGACGACGACAUGGACACGGACGAGCUCUUCGCUGGCUGGGUCGUGGAGGAGCAGUCCACGGCAGAUGCGGUGCCCAUGGCACAGUCUGUUGUUACGCCGGUACGGGCACCCACAGCUGCUCCUCGCACGCCGCAGCCCCAUUUCGGACACACUGCCCCGGGGGCCAGUCCCCUUGCUGGUGUAGUGAUGGCACUUUGCUGGUGGGGUGCUCCCGGUUUGAGCGUGGCCCCUGCGACUGGCCCCGUUGUCCAUGUUCCCGAGGGUCUCGGUGCACCUCCAGCUUCAGGGACCGUGGGGCAUGUGCAGGGCGCAGACCCUGGUUCCUUUGCUACGACAACUGGAGAUCAUUAUGGACCAAGCCCUCCCAACAGAGACAAGCAGAAGAGGCGGAGUGCCUUGGCACCGUUUGGGAUUCCGCGAGAUCCCCCGGAGCCUGGCCACAGGGAACAAGGCAGUACUACGGACACGAAGGGCCUCGUCGACGACGAUCCCGACGAGGAGUGGGAGGACCGUGCGAUUGGACAGGGCACAGCCUCCUACCCCUCGGAUGUGGCAGGUGGUGCUACUGGUCUUCCGGUUGGCCUAAGUUCUCCGGCGGCGAAUGCCUCGGUGAUGCGGAUGUGGCCUCGGGCAGAUGCAGAGGAGUUUCCGGCUUAUGUCGUGAAUGCUAGGGACGGUGACUCCCUCGUUGUCAUUGAGACAUGUUGCACUGUGGCAGUCUCCGCCCGGGUUGGGGACUCUCAAGACGAGGUCAUACCUCCGCUAGUAGCUGAGAGUGAUGAGUGCACCAUCACUUAUGAAACCAGGCGUGCGCAUUUUGCCAUCUUUGCGCCAGACUGCACGCCUGAAAUCGUCGAUGUUGAGCUUGACUUCCCCUCGGGUGAGGAUGAAGCGGGAGACAUCGUCUCGAUUGUACGCGGUGACGAGGAUGCCACCCUCUUUGGCACCUUGAUACGAGUCGACCCGCAACCAUGUGAAGGCUUCGGAUGCAUCUUGGCACUUCCCGCGUGGGCGGGCUCGCGGGUUGUCAUUUUGGUUGAUAGCCGGUUGGUCGACGGGCGCAUCUUCUCCCGUGUCAUCGAUGCCUGGAUCCAAUGGGGAUCCUUCGUACUUCAAGUUGGUCUUAAGAGUACUGAUGACCUUUCGGUUUACAUAGGGCGGCAACCCACCACCCCAGGACGCCCCCUCACCCUGCAACAGGGAGAUCUCGUCACUAUUCUGCCAAGAGCGGCUCCGCUACCAACUUUAUACGACUUGCAGUUCAAGCUCAACCGGGCAAGGCUCUGGCAUGCCUCACCGCCCGACUUCAUGCUUGCUAGUCGCCAUUCCUUUCUGCUUCUCACGGAUGGCCUGCCUCGACUUGCUCAGAUCGACCGCGGUCGCAUCCGGGAAACCGACGAUUUUCGGGAAGCGGCCGCUGGUGCUCUGCAAUGUUCAGCCGACGAUCUCACUUGUAAAGUGAGCCGACCCAGAAUCACCAAUAGCAUGCACCUCGGCAUCCCUUGCGAGGUUGUCAUGUUGGCCACAACGGCACUCAGCCGGACACCGGUCCCGCCUGGCAGGCCCCUGCCGCCUCAGAUUGUCGUUUUCUUCGAUUUGAGGGCCAUACUGAAAGGCUUCUCUUGGUGCAUUCUGCCCAGUUGUCUGCCACAGCUGCAAGACCUUGAGGCACGUUUCCAGGACGGUGUCCCCGAUGGCUUCCAAGUCUUCUUGAAUGGAGGUGUGCAGGAAAAUGUUCGCGGUAUUGAGCAUCUCAGGAUCACAAGUUGCUGUGUCUUGGCAGUUGAGUACAUCCCAGUCCCGACCGACGGGGCAAGUGAGGACCAUGAGUCUUCCGAGGAGUCAUCUGAUGAUAGCUCCUCUGACAGCUCCCCUGGGCAGGGACCUGCCCCGGGCCCGGACCCCGCCGCUGAGGGUGCGCGAAGCAGAACACCACGCAACAGGAUCACCUCGCAGAGUGGUCCGCGCAAGCUCUUCCGUGCACACAGUGUCAAUCCCGUGGUCCAUUUCUCCGCCGGCUUGGCCGCCGAUACAUGCAAGGGGCUGGAGAUAUGUCCCAGUCGGCCCUUUGUCACCUUGCGGGAUGCCGACCCCAAUGAAUCCAGCAGUGCUGACGAGGAAGAGGUCGCUGCCCACUUCGUUGUGCUAGUUCCUGGGUACCUUCCGGAAUCUAUCCAGCCGACUCUUGAGCUGCCGGCAACAGUGCACGAGGUUUUAAGCUCAGUCAGCCAGGCCAGAAGCCCUGCCGCCCGCGACCGUUUCCCGCUUCUUGCGCCUGCCGCUCCUCAGCCGAGGUUAGGCAGCGGUGUGGUCCUAGCCUUCGCAGAGUGGCAGCUACAGGACAAUCUCAUCUGCGUGGACUCCUCGAGCCUGGAUGGUAGGAUUUUUGCUGUGAGUGCGCCUGCCUACCUGACGCGACAUCAGCUGCUGGCGCUUGCUAGCGUCAGUGAGCGCAUUGGGACUCUAGUUUUCGUUGGGGUUGAUGACGUAUUAGCCGCGCGGUUUCCGUGGAGCGGAGAACCAGCUUUUCCCGCCCACGAUGCUGGACAGGUUUACUGCCUUGUCCACGAUGACUGUGUGAUGCUCUUCAUUUUGGACCCCCGGCACCCGACUGCAUACCGGCGACAGAUAGCCGCCUGUGUCGGGAUCCAUGAGACCAGACUCCACCUGGUGCCUGCCAGUCGGCGCGUUACCGACGCUACCCUUGAUGGUUUAUACUGCCGUACGGUCAUAGCAGUCUACGAAGGGCGCCCAGGUGACACACGAGCACCCUGCCUUGUGAUCAUUGAUGCUCGUGCUCUCGCCGCCGGCUGGUGGUCCUUCCGGGCAAACGGGGGUCAGGUUUCAGAGGCUGAACUUCUUGCAUCGGUUGAUGUCGAUGCCCCAGCUGGCUGGGCCCGGAAGAUAGCCGGCGUCGGGGACGAGGCUCCCUUUGAUGUCUCUCCAGGGCAGGUUUUUGUCGUUGAGGUUGUACGGUUGCCCUCUAGGGUGCCUGACCGCAUGCAGGCUCCAGGUGACAAUCCCGGCUCCACAAGUUACGCGGCACAGGCUCCUCAAUCCUCUGCGUCUGCUCCAGCCGGGGGUCUUCCCACACCGCCCGACGAGGCUGCCCACUCACAUGACCUACCUGUGCCGGUGGACGGGCCGCCUAGCCCUGCGCCGACAGAGGCCGACCCCAGUGGCUCCCCUGAGGAUGGAGAGGAGGACGCCGCCCUGGAGGCAGUUAAUGUAGCCCGUGCGCCCCUACACAGACAGACCUUUCCCAGUGGAGCGGUUGUUGUUAUUGAUGCCACCCGUGCUUCCGGCGCCCUUUUUGCGAUACACCAGUAUAUCAUCGUGACCUGCCUUGGCCUGUGCCCCCUGGGCGGCGGCUGCAACUGUCACACGGUGACGCCAUUGUGCUGGUGCCGGCAGACCACCCCGCUCUCACGACCACAAAUUUUGCGGCCCUUCUGCGGUCGGACUCCGGCUGGCUUCCUGAAUGGGCGCGGUCUUUUCCGCGGCGACAUUGCCGCCCGUUUGGGUACGCCACCACACUCCCUCAUCUUGCAUGCGCCUGAUCCCAUGAUCAUCGACCACGAGGACCGGGGGGUGCUAUCUCGCAAUGUCAUUGCUGCAGUCACCCGGCCGGCCGCGCAAGGCACUGGGCCCGCGGGACCGAUUUGUUUCCUCGAUUUGCGACCUAUGCUCCUGCGACUCUCGUGGUGCCAUUUCGCAGAAGGGCGUCUACCUUUGCAGACGCUACUCUGCCGUUUCUCGGACAGAUGUCCUGAUGGCUUUGUGUUGUGCCGCAUUGACCCUGCCAGAGGGCUCUCUGUCAUCCGCGGAGAUAUCCAGGUCCGCCAUGGGGAGGUCGUCACCCUUACCUUUCUCUCCGCGGAAGUUGAUAGCUCCAGCUCCGGUGGUGGGCCGGGUGGUUCUGGGCCUUCCCUGCCGUCGGGACCGACCUCCGAGGCCGCCGACGCUGCCAGUCUUGAUACGUCCGUCACCACGUCAACCGGCGCUGAUGCUGGGCUCAGCACCCUUCCUUCGGCCUUCGCUGCCGAGUGCACCGCGCUGAUCCCGGCGUUGUGGAUCUUGCCUACAGCCUUCUGGGGAUACACCAUAGAGGUGCUUAGUGACUGCCAAGCGGCCUUGGCCAUUGCCAAUGGCAGCCAUGCCUGUUCUACGCACAUUGGCCAAGCCCUACGGCACGUUGCCUCUGUCGCCUUUUCCCUUCUAUCUGGUCGCCUCUCUGUGGCCUAUGUCCGAGGCCAUGCCGGCAUCUUUGGCAACGAGGCUGCUGAUCAGGUUGCGAAACUGGUCGCGGAAGGCCGGACCUUGGGGUACCUCCCUUGGCCGAGCUGGUCGGACUUUGACUGCUGGUCUUCUGGAGGGAAGAUGUGGUCGUGGAUCGGAGUGGUCUGCCAAUGGCUCGCCGGAGAUAGCGCUUUACCCGAUUUCUUGGGUGGGGAGCUCUGCAAUGGUCGCGAUGUCAUCCCGGGGUCCUUAGCCAAGGCUCACGAGGUGACACUGAGUGAAGAGCAAUUCCUCGUCCUCCACCGGGAUGCACGGAUCCUAGUUGCCCUAUGUCAAUGUGGCUUUUCGGUCGUCUUUGCCGUCCUUCACGCCCCACACCGUACCACCGAGCACCACCUCUUGGAGCAAUGGUGGGGGCAGGCAGCAGGCGUGCUUCGCAAGUUGGUAAAGGGCAGGCCCUUGAUCAUUGCCGGAGACUUCAACGCUAGUGUGGGUACCCAAGUGUCUUGCCAUGUCUCAGACCUAGCGGCGGAGGAGCAGGACCUCGCUGGUGAGGCUCUUCAUCGAAUCCUGAGGGACCAUGAGCUUUGGAUCCCAGCUACCUUUGAGGGCGUUCAUCAGGGCAGCAGCUGGACUUUUGCACAAAAAAGGAAUCAGGCCCUCAUCCGCCCGGAUAUGAUCGCUUUGCCCUUGGCAUGGCGUCAAGCCAAGGUCGCCAGCUGGACUGACCCUGGGGUCACUGCUGCGCAUGGUGUUGUCGACCAUGUGGCCGCCAUCGUGUCUGUCAGAAUGCAGAUCUGCUGCUCUAAGCUCGCCCCGCGAUGCAAGCCUCCUGGCCGCGUACCGGUACCCAGACCUGAGUGGGGCGACUGCAACCAUUCACAUGCAGCAUCGGUUACCGGUUUCCUGCAGUCAGAGCUACGGUUGCCCGCCUCCGGCGCCGUUGCGCCAAGAUCCGACAGGACUCGCGUUUCCACCUCCUUUUCGCUGCCUUUUCGCGCCUUGCGUGACGGGAGGGGCGACGCUUUGCAUGACAUGCUUGAAGGGCCAUGGACCCUCACAGCGCGUGUUGCAGGCACCGUGUCUGGCCUUCAGCUUCGUGUCCUUGGCAGGCGCCUCAAAACACAAUGCAAAAAUGACCGUGCCAGGUACGUCGAGGGCCUGGCGGAUGCCGUGCAGUGCAAUCGGCCGGGCGCGGACGCCGCCUUGCAGCGGCUACUCUGCCGACGACGCAGGAGGGCCUUUGCACCGGCCGUCUUGCCAGAAGUCCUUGAUGAUGGCGGCAAACCUUGCGAUACUCCGCAUUUGGUCCAGCGUCGGUGGCGAGAGCACUUCAGCGCCAUGGAAAAUGGUGUGGAUGUCUCCGCCCAGGACUUGAGCGCUCUCGCCACGGCGGCUCGGGCUGUUCUUCCGAUGCCAGCUCAUAUCCACGACCUCCCUUGUCUUGCAGAUCUGUGCCAGGCCUUUGCAUCCACUCAGGUGGGCAAGGCAGGGGGCCCCGAUGGCCUCCCUAGUGCCUUAAACGCCGCCUUUCCAAGGCAGCUUGCCCACAUCUGGUAUCCAGUCCUGCUGAAAUUCUGCUUGCUCGGUGAAGAACCUUUGGGUUUCAAAGGAGGUGUCCUUACACAUCUCUAUAAGGGCCGGGGUUCGGUUUCGUCGUGCGAUUCCCAUCGGGGAAUUCUCUUGCUGUCAGUUAUCGCCAAAGCUUUGCACAGGGCGCUGCGGCCUGCAAUCUCCCGGCAUUUUGAGGCCGUCGCACACCCCCUCCAACUCGGGGGGCGUCGCGGCGCAUCGGUGGUUUUCGGAUCGCACAUCGUGCGCUCCUUUUUGCGCCAUCGUAAUGCGGCCAAGCUAUCUACGGUGAUUGUCUUCUCAGACGUAGCGGCAGCGUAUUAUCGCACUGAGCGUGCCCUGACAGCUAGCGGACCGCACAGUCAGCCUGCCGCAGCUCCACCGGCUAGCACCGAACUUGACUUGGAGUUCCAGCUGGUGCAACCGGCCGCCCUUGCACAGCAGGGGGCGUCCGAGUGGCUCCAAGCGGUCACGCAUGAAAUACAUGCGAACACCUGGAUGACUUUAGCUCGCGAUGAUCAGAUCAUCCAGACCCGUCGAGGUACUCGACCGGGCUCUGCGUGGGCAGAUCUUGCCUUCGCUGUCUUGGCCCAGAGGAUCUUAAGUGUCCGUGAUGCUCAGCGUUCCCCAGCCACUGUCGAGGCGGCAAACAGCCGCAUCUUGUGGGACGGUGCUCGACACUGGGGAGAGAGCGCCGCCCUGCCAGCCGAGCACACCGAGACCAAGCUCGCUGAUGUCAUCUGGGCAGAUGACUUUGCGGUGUGCCUGGGGCCCCCUUCAGCCCUUCGGGUACGCCCUGUUCUGGCAAAUGAAGCAGGAGCUUUGGUCGACGCCUUUGGCUCACAUGGAUUUGAGCUUAGCUUCGGCGAGCGUAAGACCGCUGCUUUGGUCUCACUUCGUGGAGCCGAUGCUCGCCGAGUCAAACGCGAACUCUUCAGAGGGGACGCUACUGUCCCUGUCUUGUGCGAAGGGCGGGGACAUGCCAAGUUGCCCCUUGUACCCGCUUACCGCCACUUGGGCGUCACCAUUGACCCUUCGGGCAACAUUGCAGUGGAAUUGUGCAGCAUUCCCGCAGAUUAUGCCAUGCGUGUGCAACUUCCUCCUGCAGUCUUGUUUUGGCUGCAGCGGCCUCCUGUAGAGAUGGCCCGAGCCCGCAAUGAAGCGAGUGCAAAGGAUAUCAAGAAAGUAUUGAAGGGGAAUGGCUUUGCAGAUGCCCCUAAACCAGACCAGUAUAUGAACUUAAGCCUGGAUGAGGUCGUGGCUGAGUACAAGGUUUUGAUCCUGGACGUCUUGAAGGAAACCAGCAGGCCCACCGUGAAGGUACUCCUUGCUGGCUGCAUGAGCUUGUUCCCGGAAUCCAGUAGAGAACUUUGCAAGCCUUGGUGCGAGAAGCUUGUGAAUGCGGUAUGUCAUUGUCGCAGCAAGCGCAGUUGCACGUCUGGGAAGAAGCUACCACCUGCCGUUCGUGAGGUGGUCAUGUUCUUGAAAGGCAUGGGCGGCAGUGUGGCACGAGAAGUCUCCAGAAGCAGCUUCAGUUCUUCUGCAUCCAAACCUGCUGCAAGUCCUCGGCCCUCGCCCUCUUCGGUGGCUCCUGCGACUCGCAGCAGCAAGGAGCAGAUCUUCACACAGUACGGCCUGGAGGCGCCAGUUUCAGAUCCAGGUGCAGAGGUGGAGGAGACUGGGCUGUCUCCUGCCCACGUGCAGGAAGUGUUUUCCUCGCAGGAGGUCAUGUCUCCUACUCAGGAGGCACCUCCUACGGCAGCUUUGCCAGUGGAAGACAAAACUUCGGGCGGAGACGGGUCUGCUGAAUACCAAGAGUACUUCGACUCUGCUCGCCUCUGCAUGGUUCGUGCUUAUCCCAGUGGGGCUUUGGUGAUGGCAACGAUGCAAAAAGGCGAAGACGGAUUCCAGAAAGCUUUGUUCCCUGGCUCGGCGGAGGCAGUGUCCACAGAGAUCCCAAAUCUGCGAAUUCAGCGGAUGAAGCGGCCGGCUGCUCGAGUGAUGAAAAAACCGGCUGCCAAGAAGAGGCCGGCUGCAGCACCGACAACGGCAAGUGCUUCGGCUAGCUCUGCCAGCCUCGAAGAAAACGAGGACAGUGGCAUGGAGCCCCAGCCAUCAGUUGCGGAGGAGCAGCCGGAGAACGUAGCUGCUGCACAGCAGGAUCGUGUGGGACGGCGCACAUACACCAUCAUGUAUUACAAGGCGCCCAGGCACAAGAAGGCCAUUCGGCAGAAGCAGGCUCCCUUCUCACAGCUGUUCCAGUUCGGCCGAAAAGGCGUCCCUGUUUGGCAGAUGGACAGGAUCGCAAAAGCAUGUGUCCAGAAGCUUGAGAGCGGCGAGCUUGAAGAAGCUGAUGCCGAAGAUUGGUGUAAGAGUCGCCUCGCACAGCCCGUUGCAAUGGCGACGACGGGCACCAGCUACUACAGCGGCGGCGGCUCAGGCGGCGGCGGUUGGGGCUCUGGCGGUUGGGGCUCAGGUGGCUGGGGCGGAGGAGGAGGUCGCGACGACAAGUCGUACUGGGAGCCAUGGAAAGACGACGAGCCGGACGAGGAUCCGGAUGAUGAGCCGGAGUAUGACCUGAGGUACUGUCAGUUCUGCAAAUCGUAUGGGUACAUCCGCAAAGACGGCUGUGUCAACAAAAAGUGCAAGCCGGACUACACCCCGAAGGAGUUCGAUGAUAUCCACGGAAUCGGUCAAGCAAUGGCAUGCAGCUUGGCACUAGGGCUCUCCUAUGUAAAGACCAAGGCUGCUGGCUGCCCCAAGGGCAAAUGGUGGGGUGAGACGGAAGCGGCCGUCGAUCCGGAGAAACGUCGCCGCCAAGCAGAGGCAGCAGAGGCUCGGAGCCAGGCGGCGGCACCAGCUUCGCCAACGGGGCCCGUCGCCCCUGCAGCUGGAAACGAUCAAGGAGAGCCACAUGCGGGCGACAACCAGGAGAAGGAGAAGGGGGAGAAGGGCGGCGACCCGGCGGACAAGUUGCUUGGCGACCGUGCUCUUCCGUGGCGCUUGGAAAAAAUGCGACCGUCUGCGGUGCCGUGUGGUACUGACGAGGAAGAGGUUCCCAGGCGAACCAAGUCGGCCGCAGGGGAACCUGUCAAGACGGAGCCCUUGUCGCCCCAGAAGCCGAAGGAAACUUUGGGGAUGGCCAAGGCAGAGGUGGCAGGCUUGCUCACAAGCCUCAAGUACCAAAUCAAGGCUAAGAAAAUGACGGAGAAGCAUCGCGAACAAGCGAACGAUAUCUUGCUGAAGUACCAACAGUCUGGCGUCCAUGGAAAAAAAGAAAUAUUGCAGAAAUUGCAAACGAGCGGGCUUCGUGACCUCAGCUGGUUCGCCGAGAUGCAAAGCGAAUACCAAACGCAAAGCGUGGACAAGGAGAGCACCACGAAGGGCUACUUCAACAGGAGCCAGAUCCUCAAGAUGAACGGCCUGGACCCGAGCAACAUGGACGAGGCUGUGGCUGCUGACACGCUCAAGGACUUGAUCGCCGACUGUGAGGCAGAGUUUGGUUUCAAGUCCGACUGCAAGCCUCACAAGAACCCCUUGCUGGCCAAGUACUACUACAAGCAGAAGGUCGAAACGGAGGACACAGCUGCCACGAACUCGCUGGGCUGGAGCAGUUGCGCCAACGUGGAAGGAAGCGACCUCGGCAGGCUCGUCGAGAAGUUCGACAACCCGGACCUGGAGGUGCCCGCCAACGAAGAGGCUUGGAACAAGGCCUACAGUGCUUGCAAGGCCGCCAAGAGCAAGCUGGGGAAGGUGGCGGACGAGCUCGAGGAGCAGCACGCCAAGCUGGUUGCUCACGGUCCCCAAGCGGAGGCGGACGAAGUUGGGCCCAAGAUCGAGACCCUCCGAGGCUUCUUGAAGACUUUGCGCUUCAAGAUCAGCGAGUGGAUGAACAUGAGCGAGGGAUGCAUGGAAGCGAAGUUGCCGGAGCUCACCCAGCUGAGUGAGGAAGCCACCAGCCACCUGGCUGCAGCCACGGCCUACAACAAGAAGUUGAAGAGUCAAAACUGCUCGCUCGGAGUUGCAAGUCUCUGCUGCCGUGCAUUUCGCUUUCGCUGGGCUCGAAUUCUAGGAUGGCACUCCUACGAAGGAUGCGCCAAGGGGGUCAAAGAUCUGGCCCAGGCUAAGCAGGGAAGCAACACUGCCAGGAACUUGCUUCGGCGCAAUCUUCGCCGAACACCGUGGCCGCCGCCAUAUGAGUGCCAAGUCCGGGGCAAGAAUCCAAGGACUGGCAAGGAGGACCUCUACACCCUGGCCUUCAUGCUUCCGCACGAAGUGCUACACGUUCUCCUGGAGUCUAACGAUGUUUCGGAAAUCAGAAAUCAACAAGCUCGGAUUCCCAACUUGCAAGAGCAACUUCAAGAGCACGGCAAUGAUGUCCUGCUGUUGGGGCUGUGGCUAGACGGUGUACCGUUUCGCUCAGACCGUAGCCAGACACUGCAGUGUGCAACCCUCAGCUUGCCAGGGCUUACAGAUGCUGGCGACUUUCGCUUUCCACUGACAGGGUUUCCAAAAUUCUUUCAGAUGCCUGAAGCUACCUGGGAUGAUGUCACGGCUAUCAUUGCUUGGUCGAUGAGAUGCUGUUAUACUGGCUUCUUCCCGUCCUUCCGUCACGACGAGUCUCGUUUCCUUGGCAACGACAGCUGGCGAAAGAGGAGAGCCUCGCAGCCGCUAGGCUGCCGGGCAGUCUUGGCGGAAGUGCGGGCGGAUUGGUCGGCAUACCAGGAAGUGUUGCGACUACCUGGCUGGACUGGCAACGGCCCAAUCUGCUGGUUUUGUCAAGCGACUUUGCAAGAUCUACAUGAUGUUGACGAGAGCAGCUCUUGGAGGAGCUCGCGCCUGUCGCAUUACCAGUUCCUGGCCAGGCAGAUCUCUGAAGGCAAGAACUUGAGCCCUCUUUUCAGUGGUCCUUGCUUCUCAGUACAGAAGUGCUGCAUUGAUUGGCUUCACUGCAUGGAUUUAGGAUGUGCAGCUGACUACAUGGGUGGGCUUUUUCAUAUGGUCGUGCAGACAAAGCUCCCCGAGCGAAGUGUCCACGAUCGCUGCAAGAACCUUUUUGGCGAUAUUCAAAAUUAUUAUCGCCGAAACCUGUCCCAGUCCCGCAUGAGCACGUUGACUCCGCUCAUGCUGAAAGGCAAAAACAAGAAGUGGCCCAAGUUGCGGGCUAAAGCCGGCGAGGCUCGCGACCUCAUCGGAUUCGCCAAGGAAUGCGCUGAAAGGCACAUGGGCAAUUCAGAUUUCGAGCGAACGGUGAGGCAGACUGCGAAGCAUCUGCACAGUUGCUAUGAGUUCUUGUCCGAAAGGCAUUGGGAUGCCGAGAAGUUUCACAAGACUGUCAAUAAGUUUGCAGCUUUGUUUGUAGAGUUGAGUAAAUUCCCAGGGCAAACAUAUUUUAGGACAAAGCCCAAGAUGCACCUGCUUCUCGAGCUGGGCCGCCAAAAGCGCAGGCCCAGCGAGACGUGGACGUAUCGAGACGAGGGCUUCGGCCAUGUGUUGUCCCUCCACGCAAAACGUCGUGGAGGAAAGUACUCGAUGAAAGGCACUUCCAAGCAAAUGCUUAGCAAGUUUUGUGUCAACAACAGGCGGGGAGCGCUGCUCCGGACUUUUGUGCUCUCACGUUUGACUUUCGGCGCAGGUGCCUGGCCGCCCUUGCGUGUAUGCGAGUCCCGUGUUUUCUCCCGCACCCUCUUCGCCUUGUAUCGGGCAACUCUAGCCGUCCCCAAGGACGGCGACCAACACCUGUCUACGGCUGAGGUCUGCUCGCUGGUCGGGCAACCUGAUGCGGACACCGUCCUGCAUGUCGAGAGGCUCACUUAUCUGCGUCAGCUCGUCGCGGGGGCCCCGAGCGAGCUGUGGGCCUUGGUGCGGCUCGACCUGCCGUAUCUCCGAGCCCUUCAAGCCUCGAUGGCCUGGCUUUACUCCUGGGUGCAUCGCACCACCGACCUGCCGUGCCCCAAUGCAGAGCCUGAGCCAUGGACUUCGCUGAUGCGCCAAGCGCCGGGCCGCUUUAAGGGGCUAGUGCGACGGGCCAGGGGCCUCGCGAUCUUGAGGACCUCCGGCUAUGCAGCUUUGCGGGCGCUCCUCCGAGGCCUUCAUGCCCUUGAGGGUGCGUCCAUUGCGCCCUCUGCCAACUGCGGGGAGGUCUUUACUGAGGCAUGCUUGGUUUGUGGUAUGGCGUUCACUUCAAGAUCCGCCUGGGCCUGUCACGCCUCAAAGAAGCACGGCUACCGACUCGUCACCUCCCAGAUGGCCGGCACCCACGACAGGCUGUGUCUGGGAUGCGGCAAGUGCUUCGCAAAGCCGGCCCGGCUCCGCCGGCACCUACUCAGCAGCGUCCCCUGCCGGAAAGCAUGGGGCUCCUUCCGGCCAGACUCUGCGUCCCUUCCGGCUAUGCAUGCCCUGGCCCUCCCUCUCCGUGUCCCAGGAGUCAUGUCUGGAGGUCAUGCCGAGAUAGACCCUGCUACUUAUCAUAAAGGACUGCUGGAGACUUUGCAGGCGCUCGAUUGCGCUGACUGCGACACGGCUUGGGGUGUCAUCAAGGACUUCAUCGAGCCCCUUUCCGUUCUUCGAGCCACGGUUGACCUAUGGGCGUCCCCGCCAGGUGCAGCCCCCGGUGUGGCAGAGGUAGCAGAGGACGUGAAACUCAUGCUCGACCCACAGUUGUGUUGCGAUGACUUUCGAGCUUCUCGCGCCAACGGUGGAAGCGUGGAUGUCUUCGAGGCGCUUGACUGGAGGCCGACGUGUCAGCUCCCUUUCGUCCUGACUGGGGAGGUUGCCGCUUUCAGCAUCGAUGAUCCCCCGCUCCAGGGAUACGCGUAUCCCUUCACCUGCAGCUUGCCUCUGGCCGCUGCGUCGGGGUUCAUGCGCUGGCUCGAGACCAGUUGCGAUAUUCUGGGGACCUUCGCUCAGACCUCUGCGGCGCACCCUGUGCGCCUCCGUGCCUCUGCUGCGGCACUGGCGGCGCUUGAACCUGCUGGCGCUUGGCUCCUGCGGGCGGGCUUCGUACAGACCGCCUCGGGCCUCCGCUCGCCGGGUUCCUGA